AUGACAGUACGAAUUAAAUUAACACAGUUUAAUCAAAUACUGCAGUUUGUGAUAGUUAAACAUUAUUUUUUCAAUUUUGUAAUAGGUAAACUAUCUUUUAUGUAAGUCGGUGAUUGAGGUCAAAAAAUGGGAUCCUUCGUGAUUUUAUUUUCAAUUGCAGUCAGUGUGAUAGUUGCGGUCUCUUCAAAUGCCGUUGAUUCAACCCGAAUCGUAGGUGGAUUUGUUUCACCAGAGGGCGGGUUCAAAUAUAUGGUUUCUCUGCAAGAAUUAAGCAAAAUACAAAAUUAUAGACGAGGACACAGAUGUGGAGGGGCUCUGAUCUCAUACCAGCAUGCACUGACAGCUGCAUCGUGCACCUUCAAUGAAAACAAUGGGGCAUUCACAUCUAUUAACGUGGCUGAAUUCCGUAUGUUCGCCGGUUCAGUGUUGCUUACUAACGACACAUCUGAAGACCGCGUUCGGAGUAUCGCAAAUAUCACAGUUCACCCCUCAUACUUGACAAGCCGACCGUUUACUGAUGAUAUCGCUGUUAUAACCCUCACCGUUCCAUUCCCCAACAACGUGGUGAAACCAGUCCCUCUAUCCGAAAGAGAAGUUAGUCCUCAAGAAAUCGGAGCCUGCACCCUGUCGGGUUGGGGAAGUCAAAACUCAUCAGCUACUGAAAGUGCGCAAUUAAUUUACUCAUCCCAGACAAUUUUUGAUUGGAACGCAUGUGUGCUUGCGCACAGUAUUCUGCCUCCGCCACUCGUUAUUCAACCCAGUAUGAUCUGCGCGUACCCGCAUAAUUCAUUAUCAGUUGGGUGCACUGGCGACAUUGGCAACCCCUUGGUCUGCCAUGAUAGCCUUACGGGCAUUGCUGCUAAGACCCAAAACUGUAUUCAACCACCUAUGCCUGAGGUCUACACUAAGGUGUCCACGUACAUCCCAUGGAUUAACCGAGUCAUGAACGGUGCACCCUCAAUCAUGACACCUGGUAUAGCUUUGAUGACUACGUUCGUAGUCAUAGCUUCUAAAAUUAUAACCUAGAAGCAUCUAGAAGUAACUAAGCAGGAGUACUUUUUUUGUUAAUAUAUUAAUUAAUAAUUGUUAUUUGAUGGCAA